AAUACCCUCCUUCAAAACUUCAUAUUCCAACCUUAUCCCUCAUUCACGGCGUCCACCUCUCAUCCCCAACUCAACCAGUCCACCCUACCUCUCAAGUCUCACCCCCACCAUCACACCUCUACCAUCAGUCCAUCACUGCCAUAAUCAUCCUCAACUUGUCCCUCCUUCCCAUCUCUCUCAUCAGAACAAGAGAAAAGAGAAGAACUUAGGCGAAAUAGAGGGAAAAGAGAAGAGAAGAAGGGAAGGAUGGAGGAGGAGACAGCAGUGGCAGAUAGAGGAACCGUCGCCGCCGCCGCCGCCGCCGAACAAGGAAUGGAGGGGUCGAUGCUAUGAAGGGGAGACGGGAAGAAGGAGCAGCGAAAUGUUUUUGAAGGUUCCUGGUGGUGGCGCUGUCUAAACGUGGGGGCUCUGACUCCUCGAUGGUGGUGAUCGAAGCGCAGAACGAGGAGAGUGGGUGAUGGUCGUGAAUUCCGCAAACCUCCGUUGAGCCGCCAGUACCAAAUUCUCUGGUUUGAAAGCAGUUCAUGAAAUUUCUCGCAAGCUUUUUAAGGUCAUAAAAUUCCAAAAUUCCGCGCUUCGGACUGAAACUGAUUCAACUGCACUUCCAAAAGAAUUGGUUGUGCAGUCCUUGUUUUGAUACACCAUCUUUAAGUUUCUAUCGGCUCUUGAGUUCCAUUAUGGCCAGUAAUUCUUUUGUAAUCCCCAAUGGAACCGGCAAUGGCAAUGGCAAUGGCAAUGGAAAACUCAACCCACCGCCAAAUCUGCAGAGGAAUUACCAAGUGUUAGUGGCUGCUACACCAGAUAUGGGGAUAGGUAAAGAUGGGAAAUUACCCUGGAAGUUACCUACUGAUCUCAAAUUUUUUAAAGAGGUUACUGUAACAACAUCUGAUCCAGGGAAGAAGAAUGCUGUUGUAAUGGGUAGAAAAACAUGGGAUAGUAUCCCUCAUAAAUACAGGCCUCUUCCCGGCCGUCUUAAUGUUGUUCUUACUCGCUCAGAUAGCUUUGAUAUUGCAAUAGCAGAGAAUGUUGUUAUAUGUAGAAGUAUGGCUUAUGCUUUGGAAUUGUUAGCUGAACCUCCCUAUAGUUUGUCAAUUGAGAAAGUAUUUGUUAUAGGAGGUGGACAAAUAUUUAGGGAGACUUUAAAUGCACCUGGAUGUGAAGCUAUCCACAUCACUGAAAUUCAGACUAGGAUCGAGUGUGACACAUUUAUGCCUCCAGUUGAUUCCUCUGUAUUUCAGUUGUGGUACUCAUCUUUUCCUAAGGUGGAAAACAACAUCCUCUAUUCUUUCACAACUUAUGUGCGUGUAAGGCGUUUGGUGGAGCGUGCAACUCAGAAUACUGAUCCAGUUCUUGAUAACAAUUCUGAUACUGUAAAGUUUGAUUUCAAGAAUUUUUCUUUUCUUCCUAAAAUGAUUCUUGAAAGACAUGAAGAAUACAAGUAUCUUAGGCUGGUUGAAGAAAUCAUCUCUGAGGGUACAGCCAAAGAUGAUAGAACAAGGACUGGUACCUUGUCAAAAUUUGGUUGCCAGAUGAGGUUCAAUUUGCGCAGAAAUUUCCCUCUUCUUACUACAAAGAAAGUAUUUUGGCGAGGGGUUGUUGAAGAGCUUCUUUGGUUUAUUAGUGGGUCUACAAAUGCCAAGUUGCUGCAGGAAAAAGGGAUCCAUAUAUGGGAUGGCAAUGCAUCGAGAGAAUACCUAGAUAGACUUGGUUUGACAGACAGGGAGGAGGGUGACUUGGGACCUGUUUAUGGGUUUCAGUGGAGGCACUUUGGUGCCAGGUAUACUAAUAUGCAUGCUGACUACUCCGGCCAAGGAUUUGAUCAACUGUUAGAUGUUAUUACCAAGAUAAGGCACAAUCCCAAUGAUCGGCGGAUCAUUCUCUCUGCAUGGAAUCCAGCUGAUCUUAAAUUAGAGGCGCUUCCACCGUGCCACAUGUUUGCACAGUUCUAUGUAGCAAAUGGGGAAUUAUCAUGUCAAAUGUGUCAGCGAUCUGCUGACAUGGGCCUAGGCGUGCCAUUUAAUAUUGCAUCUUAUGCCCUUCUGACCUGCAUAAUUGCUCAUGUUUGUGAAUUAGUUCCAGGUGAUUUUAUCCAUGUCAUUGGAGAUGCACAUGUUUACCAAAAUCAUGUGAAGCCUUUGCAGGAGCAGCUCCAGAACUUACCAAGGCCUUUUCCAACUUUGAAGAUAAAUCCAGAGAAAAAAGAUAUAGAUUCUUUUGUGGCUUCUGAUUUCGAGCUCAGUGACUAUAAUCCUCAUCAGAAGAUUGAGAUGAAGAUGGCCAUCUAAAAUAUUUGGGAGAUCAACAGAGAGGGAAAAAGAAAAUUAAACAAUUUCCAUUGAAGAGUGUUGUGGGAAAACUAGGAAGGGUUUUAGCUUGAUACUGAAGUCUAAAUCUCCUUACUCUGUUUGCUAUUAUUGUUUGCACCAAGUAUGGGAGGUUUUAAGAGGAGCUGCUUCCUCUUGAUGUAUUUCGUUGCUACAGUUGAUAUCCUCUUAUCUUAUGAUUAGAGAAUUCCUGAGUGUCUCUCUAACUUUUUAAUUUACUAAAUAAAGAAUAUUUUAUUUUAAA